AUGUCUGAUUCAAAGCCGAAACCCUUAGGAAUACCUUCUUGGCAGAAACAAUCGGACUCAACAUCCACCGACCCAUCUCCGCCAUCUGCAUCGCCAUCGUCAAGCUCCGACAAACCACCUGCGCCGGACGCACGGCAAGAUCUUCUCGAUCAAGCCGCCAAAUUCCUCGAAGAUGAUUCAAUACGUGAUGCUCCCACCGAUCGCAAGAUUGCCUUCCUCGAGUCGAAAGGUUUAAACUCUGCGGAGAUUGAACAACUUCUCGGUGUGUCCCGCAAUCCGGACGGAAGCAGUUCCAGCCUGACAAGUGCCGAACCGACUGCGCAAGCAUCGCUUUCACCAUCUUCCACGCCACCCAGUCAAGAUGAGAGACUAUCGCCGUCAAUUAGGAUUGCCAGUAGUCCGACUGCGCCCGUUACAUCUACAUCGCCCCCCGCCUCAUCCCGCGAUGUGCCUCCAAUCAUCACAUAUCCCGAAUUCUUAUUCCAACCUGCGAAACCACCACCACUGGUGACCAUGAGUCGAGUUCUAUACACCAUCUAUGGCGCUGCUGGUCUCGGUGCCAGUCUCUACGGGGCCAGCGAGUACUUGGUCAAACCCAUGCUCCAAAACCUCACCGAAGCGCGGCUCGACCUUUCCAACACCGCCAAGGAGAAUCUGGAAAAGCUCAACGAGCAGCUAGAGAAGACUGUCUCCGUGAUACCUGCGCAUUUGAAAGCCCGAAAACUUGCAGACAAGCAGGAUAUAGAUGACGAUGUCAGUGACACUGAUUCUGUGGUUUCGGACCCAACAGAAUUGUUCCACCGGGAUAUCGGCACCCAGACAACGCCCGAUGUAUCGACGGGAUCCAAGUCUCCAUCAACCAAGGAUCCCGCAGAGACGGCCGCAGAAGCACCUACCUUGGCUGUGAAUAAACAUCUAAGCCGACUCGAAUCUAUUCAAUCCUCCUUGAAGGAGAUCAAUACUUUUGAAGGAGAGUCAGGUAGCUUGGAAGACUCAAUGCGUGCGCGCCUCACAGAUUUGAAUCACUAUCUGGACGGCUUGAUUUAUGCAGGGCCGACGUAUACGACGACGUCGCCAGGUUUCGGCGGCUUAUACUCGGGGCACACUGGGGGCGCAACAACCAGUAGCUCCGGCGUGCGAAAGUCAGAGGAAGAUGCGAUUGCCUCUUUCAAAACUGAGAUUCGCGGUGUCAAAGGCGCUUUACUGAGCGCGAGAAACUUUCCCGCAAGCCGCGGCGGGAGGAUUGCCUCUUCCAUGCCAACAACUGGUAGAUCAUGA